GAGAGAGAGAGAGACCCAUCCUUCACGCUAACUUCUGAAGAGGGGUUGUUCUCUCAGUUUCGUAAUUUCAGAUCUGAAAUUUGCUUUCGAAUUUUUGGUUCUAACUUCAACGUAUUGAUCUGCAUCGAUCUAUAUUUCAUAAUACUCGUAUGCUCAUUUUGUUGAGAAAUUUAUACAUACAUACAUACAUACCUACAUAUAUAUAUAUAUAUAUAUAUAUUUAUAUAUUGAAUUCGUUUCAUUCAUGAACAAUAGAGAGAGGUUGUGAUCUUCGUUUAAUGGGUUCCCGAAGACGAACACCUUCUUCAUCUUCAUCUACUACUGACAUGUCGAUAUCAGGGCUCCAGGAGAAACAUCAGCAAGAUCUAGAAAAUUUGACACUAGCAACACAACCAUUCAAAACUUUGAAGUUUUUUGUUUUGGCUGUUUUCCUUUAUAUUAAGCGUUCGAUAUUCUAUUUAUUGGCAAAAGGUGGUUGGCUUAUGCUAUUGAGUACUCUAGCUUUGGCUGUUGGAGUUCUUCUUGUGACCAUUGAUGGCCCCCAUGAGAAGCACGUGGAGGAGCUUGUUAAGUAUUUUCGGUUUGGAUUAUGGUGGAUGGCCCUUGGAGUUGCAUCGUCAAUUGGUCUAGGGUCUGGGUUGCAUACUUUUGUCCUAUACCUUGGCCCUCAUAUUGCUCUCUUCACCAUAAAAGCAAUGAAGUGUGGCCGAGUUGAUUUAAAAAGUGCUCCAUAUGAUACAAUACAGUUGAAAAGAGGUCCUUCAUGGCUUGAUAAAGACUGUUCUGAAUUUGGACCACCUUUGUUUCCAUUAGUACACGGUUUGCGGGUACCACUUAGCAGCAUAUUGCCACAGGUUCAGGUUGAGGCUAUUCUAUGGGGUGUUGGGACAGCGAUAGGAGAGCUUCCUCCGUAUUUUUUAUCAAGGGCAGCAAGCAUAUCGGGUAACAGAGUGGAUGCCAUGGAAGAUUUAGAUGACUCCUCAAAUGAGGAUAAUGGAUUUUGGGCUACUCACAUGAGAAAUAUCAGGCGCUGGCUUUUGUCACACUCACAGCAUUUGAACUUCAUUACAAUCUUAAUACUAGCUUCGAUUCCAAAUCCUCUAUUUGAUCUUGCUGGCAUCAUGUGUGGACAAUUUGGAAUUCCAUUUUGGAAGUUUUUCCUUUCAACACUUAUUGGGAAGGCAAUUAUUAAGACGCACAUACAGACGGUUUUCAUUAUUGCUGUUUGCAAUAAUCAACUUCUUAAUUGGAUAGAGAACGAAUUAAUUUGGGUUCUGAGUUUCAUCCCGGGUUUAGCAUCUGCGCUCCCCAACCUCACCGCCAAACUUGACGCUGUGAAAGAAAAAUAUCUCACAUCCGCACCCGUAUCCUCAGAUAGCAAGGUGAAAAAGUGGGAUUUCUCAUUCGCUUCGGUUUGGAGCACGGUUGUGUGGCUCAUGCUCAUGAACUUCUUUGUGAAGAUUGUGAAUGCAACUGCUCAGAGGUAUCUGAAGAAACAACAGGACAAGGAAAUAGCUGCAUUAACAAAAAAGACAUAGGCAUAUCAUAUCAUAACAUAACACAAGGUUAAAUCUGGCCAUGUUCUGAUAAUGAAUUGGGAACCGUUCUUAUUGAUGUUUGAUCUUUCUUAUUAUUAUUAUUAUUAUUAUUAUUUUUUUCGGUUACGAUUAGAAGUGUUAGAAAUUCGUAGGAGUUUUGCUUUCACUAGGCAUUAUUGGUCUCACCCCCCAAAACAAUUCUACAUGCAUAAGAAAGGCCUUGACAGAAGGUUGUAUAGGGAGGAACUGCAGUGAACUUGGGAAAUUGCCGUUAUGUGUGUAAACUGCGGGGGAAGCAUUAUUUUUGGGUGGUUUUUUGCCCUUGUCAACAAUUGUUGAAACUUGGAAACUUUGGAAUCUUUUAAUAUUCUUUAACACAUCACGACAAAGACAAAGUUACCCU